AUGACGACUUUACGUGAACGUCAGCUUAACGCCCUAAAGCAGAUGCUAAAUUUAAAUGAACCAAUGACGAAGGCUGUGGCAAAUGAACCAAUUUGGAAAGUGUUAAUUUAUGAUAGAGUUGGACAAGAUAUAAUUUCGCCCUUAAUAUCUAUUAAAGAGCUCAGAGAAUUAGGAGUAACCCUUCAUGUUCAAUUACAUUCAGACAGAGACCCUAUUCCUGAAGUGCCUGCUGUAUACUUCUGUGCACCAUCAGAAGAAAACUUGGGAAGGAUCUGUCAAGAUUUAGACAAUGGUGUUUAUGACCAGUAUCAUUUGAACUUUAUUUCUCCAAUAACCAGACAGAAACUAGAAGACCUUGCUGCAUCGGCCAUACAAUCAAACUCUGUUAUGAGUAUACACAAAUUAUAUGAUCAGUAUCUGAAUUUUAUAUGUCUAGAAGAUGACUUAUUUAUCAUGAAACAUCAGCAAUCAGAUGCUUUAUCUUAUUAUGCCAUAAAUAAAGGAGAUACUAAAGACACAGAAAUGGAGGCCAUCAUGGAUGAUAUUGUUGAAAGCUUAUUUUCAGUAUUUGUUACGCUUGGUAAUGUACCGAUAAUUCGAAGUAGUAAAGGCAAUGCAGCGGAGAUGGUUGCAAAGAAACUUGACAAAAAGCUCCGAGAGAACCUCUGGGACGCUAGAAAUAACUUGUUUCAUGGGAAUACUGGACAAGGAGGUACAUUUAGUUUUUCAAGACCCAUGCUGAUUUUAUUGGACCGUAAUAUGGAUAUGGCCACACCAUUACAUCACACUUGGACGUAUCAGGCUCUUGCUCAUGAUGUUCUGGAUUUGUCUUUAAACAGAGCAUUGGUACCAGAAAGUGCUGGUCCAGCCUUGCCAGGGCAAAAGAUCAAAGCCCGAACUUGUGACUUGGACUCAAGGGAUCCAUUGUGGUCAGAGCAUAAAAGCAGUCCAUUCCCAACUGUCGCUGAAGCGAUCCAAGAAGAUUUAGACAAAUACAGGAGUUCAGAGGCUGAAGUAAAGAAGUUAAAAAGCUCAAUGGGUCUUGACGCUGACAGUGAUCUCGCACUAAGCUUGGUGAGCGAUAACACACAGAGACUUACAAGCGCUGUAAACUCCUUGCCCCAGCUUAUGGAGAAGAAGAGGCUAAUCGACAUGCAUACUACUAUUGCGACUGCAAUAUUAAACUCCAUAAAAUCAAGACGAUUGGAUUCGUUCUUUGAAUUGGAAGAGAAAAUAAUGAGCAAAAGCGGCGCCGUAGAAAGCAAAGCUGUUAUGGAUUUAAUCACUGACAGUACAGCGGGCACUGCCGAAGAUAAAAUGCGUUUAUUCAUUAUUUAUUAUCUGUGCACAUCACAGAUAACUGAUGAAGAGUAUAAAAAGUUUGAAGCUGCUCUAUUGGCUGCUAAUUGUGAUAUCAAACCAAUGGCUUAUAUGAAGAGAUGGAAAAGCUUCACGAAGAUGUCAAGUCAGUAUGAAGGCGGUGGUACCAAAACAGUCUCUAUGUUCUCCAAACUUGUGUCUCAAGGAUCAUCUUUUGUCAUGGAAGGAGUCAAGAAUUUAGUCGUUAAGAAACAUAAGCUGCCCGUGAGCCGCACGGUGGAGGCGGCGCUGGGCGGCGGCAGCGACGCGGAGCUGACGUGGCUGGACCCGCGCAGCGCGCGCACGGACGCGGCGGGGCGCGCGCGCGCCUCGCGCCACGCGCCGCCCAGCGACGCCGUCGUGUUCCUCGUCGGCGGCGGCAGCUACAUCGAGCACCACAACCUCAUCGACUUCGCCAAGCAACAAGCUGCAAGUGGCAUUUCCAGGAAAAUAAUCUAUGGUGCAACAACUCUACCAAACGCCUCUCAGUUUCUCAAACAGCUCUCACUUUUAGGGGAAGAACUUCAAUGAACAUUCCUGUAUUGAAUUAUGGUUAUUUGAAUUUGUAAUAUAAUAUUUAUUCAAAAUAAAUCUUGCAUGAAGUCUUAUUAAGGUGUUAGAGUAUAUAUAUGUAUAGACUAAAGUCCUGUUUAAUAUUGUUUUCGUUAAUGCGAAAAAAAACUCAUCAAGUAACAAGUUCUUUACAACAGACUUUAUGUUUGUGUACUUGUAAUAAAAUCUUGUUCGUUAAGUUUCCGUAAAUUCUGAUACACAAUUUUAUUUUUUCACAGCUUGGUGUUUUGAUUUUGCAAUAGAAGAUAAAUGAAUAUGUACAUACUGUUAUAAUUAGAUAUCUUCGCUUUUAAAAUAUUUACGAUUGGGAGAUAAAUAAUAAACUCAAUU